UCCAUUGCUAGAGCGAAGAGAGAGAAGAAGAAGCACUAGAGAAGAGACGAAAGAGUUGUAUAUCGAGUUCCGUUUUGGGCCGAUGCCCCUAUCAGUGCUCUUUCUUUUGCUUCUCUUUUUCUUGCUCGCUCUCCAGCUUCCCAGAUUCUGAUUCAUCUGCCUGCAACAGCCCACAAUGGAAAAACCAGCUUUGAUAACCAUUCCCUUGAAGGACUCAGGCUCCUUGGACUGGGCAACGCCUUUGCGAAGAUACAUCAGAGCCAUUUAUGGCAGCUUCAACGACCUCACUGAAGAGACCUCGUUGAUCAGCAAGUUUAGAGACGAUGCUGUGUGCUCACACUCUCCCAACCAGACCAGCUUGAACUGCUACUACAAAUACUAUGCUCAAUUGGAAUUGAUGGACUUGCGAUUUCCCAUCAAGGAAAAUGGCGUCAAUGUCAAGUUUCUUUGGCACGAUGCCUUUGAUAAAUCUUCGAAGAUAACCCAACAUUCUGUCGCCUUUGAAAAGGCCUCUAUUUUGUUCAAUAUUGCCUCAAUUUUAUCUCAGAUUGGCUACCACUCAUACAAAGAUGAUAACAACGAUCAUUUUGAUCAAUCAAGUGAUAUCACCAAUAUGAAAAAGGCACUAGUUAAUUUUCAAAGUGCUGCUGGGAUCUUUCAGUUUAUUUCAGAAAACUUUCUUCAUGCUCCAAGCAACGACAUAAAUCAAUCAACUGUCAAGUUUUUAAUGAAGCUAAUGUUGUCCCAGUCUCAGGAAAUCUUUGUUAUUAAUCUCAUACAAUCCAACAACCAGAAUUAUUCAUUAUUAGCCAAAUUAGUUAAAUCGACUUCAAAUUUCUACAAGACUUCAUUUGAUUUACUUGACUCGUUAGAAAAUGAGCAAAACUGGUAUUUUAAUUAUAAAAACUGGUCGAAUAUUUUAAACAUAAAGUAUCUUUAUUACAAAGCAAUCUCCAACUACUACAUCUCUUUGCAAUAUAAAAAUUCUUCUAAAAUUGGGUUGUCAAUCUCUCACUUAAGACUAUCUAUUGACUAUUUAAAUGACUGCUUAAAAUUGCCACUAAUGGUUUCAACAAAUUCAGUCAAGCACAAUACAGACUUUAAGGAUUUUAAAGACAAUUUUAUCAAACCGAAUAUUAAGAAACAUUCUGACGAGUUGUUAGAGUUGGAAAAAGAUAAUGAAUUUGUUUAUAAUAAUAUCAUUCCCAAAAGGGAGGAACUCUUUGAUAUCAAGUCGAUUGAUGCCGUUAAAAUUAUCACAAUUGAGAGUCAAUUGGAGAAAUUUACCGAGCAAAAUGAGAAACUCGAUCCAAAUAUCAAUAAGGAUUUAUUUGAAAAGAUUAUCCCAGUCAAAAUUCACGAAUUGAAUAGUUUAUAUUCUGAAGAAAAAGCUAAAAAAUUAAGGAAUAUUGACGAGGAAAUCCAAAUUUCAAAUGAAGAAAUGGAUUCGUUAUUAGAGUUUUUAAAACUACCUAAACAAUUGGUUGAGCUCAAGUCAUUUAUUAUAAAUGAAAAUCGAAGCAAUAACAAUAAUAAAAACCAAGAAUUUGAAGAGUUUUACCAAUCAAAGGUUAUUCCAUUAUCAAUUGAGAUUUCAAAUAAUUUUCCAAUAAACCAGUUAUCGAUUAAUAAUAUAAAGGAAAAUCGAAGCGAGAUUUUUAAAAUGGUUAAAGACAGUGAAGAGUUGAUUAAAAAAGAGGAAAAAGAGUUUAAUUUAAACAAAUUAAAGUACCCUAACGAAUGGGGGAAUUAUCAACAGGAAUCUUCAUUAAUCAAUUCGCAAUUCAAUAAAGAGAUUAUUACAAUCAAGAAAUCAUUAAUUGAGUCAAGUAAUUCUGACGAAGAAUUAUUCAAGAUAUAUAACGAGAUUGAGAAUAUUUAUAAGAUUUUUUCAAAAGGACCAUUACAAAACAAUGAGUUAAGAAUUGUUUUCUCCAGCUGUAAUAAUAAUAAUAAUAAUAAUAAUAAUAAUAGUAGUAGUAGUAGUAGUAAUAACAAUAACAAUAACAAUAACACUGUAUCGCUAUUGGAUUUAGAUGAUUCAUCAAAGGAUCAAGCGACUAAGAUUAUUAAAAACCUUGAAGAUAGUUUAAGUAUAUUGAAUAAUUUGAGAAAACAAAAGAGUAUAUUUUAUGAGCAGAUGAAGGAUGCUAUUCAUGAGGAUGAUAUUUCAAAUGUUUUGAUAUUGAAUAAGAAUUUGUCUGAGGAACAACUAAAGAAUACUAUUUUCAUUCAAGAAUUGGAGAAAUUUGAACCACAUGAGAAUCGAAUCGAGUUGACAAUUCAUAAACAGAGCACGAUUUUGCCUAUAAUUUCCAAGAAUUGGAAUGAGUUGAAUGGUAAUAAUUCAUACAUAAAAGAGAUUCGAGAAAAGGUGAAUAAGAUGAAAUUAGACAGUCAAAUAUUUGAGAAAUUAUUUAGACAAUUUGAGGUAAAUUUCAACAAAUAUAAAGGUAAUUAUCUCAAAGGAAAUGAAUUUUAUUUGAACUUGGUUAAAUAUUUUAAAGUUGUUGAGGAUAACAUCAAAGAAUUUGUCAAGGUCAGACAUGAUGAAAGUGUUAGAAUAAGUAAUAAGUUGAAUCCAAGAAAUGAUAGCUAUUGCGCGAGUGCAGAUUAUUUAGCAAAUAGACUUCAAAGAUUGGGUUUUGGAAAUAACAACAACAAUAGUAAUAGUAAUUCUGGAACAGAGUUAUAUUCAGCAACACCAAAAGUGCCAGAAAAGCCAUUGAAUCCAUAUCAACGACCCACAAGACCACCAGCUUCAUCUAUAUCUCAAGGACCUGGUGGAUUAUAUAGCGGGAAUUUUGGAAAUGCAGGAUUCAAUUCUACUCUAGGUGCAAGAUCAAGCUCAAAUUUAAACCAAGAUUACAAUAGAGCACCAUCCUUACCCCCAAAGAGCCAAAGCCUGUUCAAUAACUUGCCAUCAGGCAUAUCGUCGUUAUCGUAUCCAAAUGCACAAGCUCCAGUGGCACCAGGACACUACCCUGGGCCCCAACCUCCACCCAAGGUGCCACCACCAACAUAUGGCAGCCAACAACAAGAAAAGGAACAGCAAGAUGGCAUUGGCAUCUACAACACUCCCUCGAGCUUUGAUCCAUCAAUGUACUCAAGCUUCAGCAACUCGAGCCCCCAGAGCCAGAACAGCUCACGCCCAGGCCAGUACUCGAAGUACUACUGAGAAAAUGUAGCUACAUAGUGCAAUAAACAGGCAGCAUUUUGUGCUUCUUUCGCCUUUUGUGCAGCAAAGACAGCUGUCUGAAC